AUGGGUGCUCGAAUAACAGCAUUGGCAUGUUCAAAAAAACAUCGGCUGGCAUUGUUGGGCUCAGAAAUGGGCCACACUCAUUACUCAGUCAGUUUCCCAAUGACAUGGGUAGUAGAUUCUCGUUGCCUAACUAAUCCUUAUGAUAAAAGUGCAAGAAGCAAGAUAAGCUUUGGAGCUAACGCACUCUUGUCUAGUGACGGUUCAAUCUUCACCCCGUUGGUUCAAUCCGUAAGCGUACCUGAAGACUACUAUCACGUUACAUUGGAAGAGAUCAGUGUCAACAAUAGGGGAUUUCCCUUCAUGAUUGGUUCUCAUGAGAAAGGUAAUAUCAUGUUCGACUCAGGCUCAUUACCAUCCUUUUUGCCAGAGGAUAUGUACCAACAAUUGGAAAUUUUACUAAUAAACGAAGUUCAAGACACGCCAAUUCCUCCACGUCCAUCUACUUAUGUAAAACUUUGCUACAAGUACCGCAUGAACUUUAAAUUUCCAACGAUCGUGUUCCAUUUUUCUGAAGGCGCUGACUUGGCUUUGCCGAUGAGAAAUAGUAUGUUGGAUUACGGAAAUCUUAUGUGUCUAACGAUUGUCCCAACUAGUGGUUCUGUAAAUUUAAUUGGGAGCGUAUUACAAUUGCAGACCAUGAUUGGAUAUGAUCUUGUGAGAAAAAGAAUUUCUUUUAGUCCAAAUUAUUGUUGA